AAGAGAAGAAAAUAUACAUGCAAAACGCCUUGAAAAGCAGCUAGAAGAUUUCAAAAAGAAAGAAGAUAUGGAAAGGAGGAGAAUUGCUAAACUAGAAAAAGAAACACUUGAUAUGACUUUUUACGGGUUAUGGCAGAAUGAACAACAGAUGGAAGAUGCCCUUUAUAAAAUUAAAUCCAAAACUGAACAAGAAAAAGCUUUAAAAGUUCAACUAAGAUUUAGAAAGAAUGUUUUUAAACAACAAUGUAGUGAAGAUAUUUACAAAAUGAGCUCAACCAUUAAUGGAAAAAGAAUAAGCUUAUCUGUCGAUAAACUAAAAGAAAAAGUAAUUAUACUAAUGAACAAAGCAAAGGAAAUUCCUGCAUCUGAAACGCUACAUGACUUGGUUGGUAGAAAUAUAAUGCACAGAUUUAUAGAAGAAAAUGGACAGUACAAAUGGUACAAUGGAACAGUUAUCUCUCAGGUUCCUGGCUUUCCGGAAUGGUUCAACCUGAAAUAUGAGGAUGAUGACGAUAUAUACACGGCAAGGCUAGAAGAGGAGUUCCAGGAUGGUGACGUUUUGAUCCGUGUUUAGAAUAUAAGAAAGGCCCACCUGUACUGCCUGCAGACUAAUACCUGGCCCGCUAUAUUGGAUUUUUGCUGGCAACUUUAUUGUUGGCUGAAUAAAGUCAUCAGCCUUUUUGUGAGCGUACCAGUAUAUAUAAGGUAACAAAUUUGUACACAGCAACAAUGCUGUGGACACAUGAGAAAAAGCGUUUAAUUCCAGCCAGUGGUAGAAUGGGAUAAUGCCAGUCACACAGAUAGCUAUUGUGCCCAAUACACUGUCAGCUGUUGCCAUGGAAACUAUGGGAGGACUUGAUGGGGAUGUGGACAGUGUGACCCCAAGGGGCCAUCUGUCAGGGGAUAUAGUGAAGAAGGGAUCUGAUGUGAACUGUGGUACUGAGGACAGUGACCUGUCUAGUGCCUGCCCAAGCGCGGGUGAAGGGCAUGAGUUCCCUGCACCCCUGGAGGGUCCAAGGCCAGUACUGGUGGCCUGGGGACAGGACAGCAGCCCCCACAUUGAGGCUAAAACAGUGAUACUUCAGGACACAAAUUCAGACUUUAUGUCAGAUGACAUCAGUACACCGUCGGACCUGUCGGUUGCACUUGAACAUUCUGGGACUCCGGCAGAAUCAGAGCAGUCCCCGUCAUCAGAUACCAAAAACACUAGCAACACUGCUGCUGCUGUUGUUGUUGCUGCUGACAAGAAUACUAACAGUCGCCGGAGUGGCAAGAAGAAAGGCAAGCCUAUGUCUAUUAGAAAGAAAGACACCGAGACACAGGAGACUUUGCACCCGAACUCACCAACGCCAAUGCCAACAGAGCGCUGUGACUCUUCGCUGUCCAACAUGGACGCAUGUCGGAUCUGCCAGUGUGACAGCUGUGAGAUCCUAAAGGACUCCCCUUUGGUGGCACCCUGCCUCUGCUCUGGCAGCCUGAAGUUCGUACAUCAGGCCUGCCUACAAAAGUGGAUCAAGAGCUCUGACAAACUUUCCUGUGAGCUCUGCCACUUUGAGUACCAGAUGACGAAGAAAACAAAACCAUUCCGAGAGUGGGAGAAGCUGGAGAUGACCCCCCAGGAGCGUCGUAAGGUCGUGUGCAGCGUGACGUUUCAUGUGAUAGCCAUCACGUGCGUGGUGUGGUCUCUGUACGUGCUCAUAGACCGCACCACAGAGGAGGUGGAGGCGGGCUCCCUGCUCUGGCCCUUCUGGACCAAACUGAUUGUGGUGGCCAUCGGCUUCACAGGUGGGGUGGUCUUCAUGUACGUGCAGUGCAAGAUGUACCUGAGCCUGUGCAAGAAGUGGCGCAUGUACAACAAGGUGAUCCUGAUCAGCUCUGUGUCGGAGGGCCACCGCUGGAGGACCAACCAUGAGGGCGUGCUCAAGAUACAUCAAAAACAGGCCAUCAUGGAGGAGGGCAGACAGACAAACUUUGACGUGUUCACUAUUGUGCAGGAGACAGAAAAUGUUUGAUGAUGUGUUAUGGUUGCGACUGCAACCACGCUUACUAUUUGUUGAUCUUACUACAGUCUAAGGGCAAGUCCACAAACCAUGACUUGACACAAGGUGUGGUAAACUGAACCCUUUCUGGACCAAAUCCCAUUUAACUUGCCAGUGAACUACAAAUUAAUACUUACCGGUAAUGUGAAUAUUAAAAAAUACAUAUGAGGGCCAGUUUUCUGGAAAUUAUGCCUAGACCUUGUGUACCUUUAUUGACUUUUUCUAGAGCUUACCAACUUUUGCAGAGACAGUUACUAAGUUUUUCACACUCCCUUAAACCUCCAAAUGGAUUGUCAGACUUAUUAAAUUGUCAUUUCGAGUUUAAAUCUUGUCAGACAUCUGGCAAAUCUGUAAAUAAUCCUGAUACCUUUAAAUUAUCCUAUGCUUGUCAGAGAGUCUGACAUUUGCAAAUUGCAUUCUGAAUGUUUGUUAUAGUUGUCUGACUGACAGGCAGUUGGAGUCUAAAAGUCACGUGCUUUUGUUGUGAUAAAAGACUUGAAAUUCUAAACAUGAGUAAUUUUUUUAAAUAUUGUAUUGUGUCCUGGUGUUUAGUUGUAAGUCGUUAAAUUUUAUGACUGAUUGAUGCAGGAUAUCAUUACAAACUUUGUUUUAAAAGAAUGGGGAUUUUUAAUUGAAGUUUUAAUUUGGAAAUUGUGUUGACAUUUUAAUAUUGCUUGGUCAUUUAGUGCAUAAUUUAACUACUUUGCAUCACACAUUACAGGGUCUUCUUUCAACAAAAUGAAAUGUGCUAUGCCGUUGUUUUUUGUUGCAAGAAAAAUGGUACGUUUUAAUGCUGGUUGUUUGCUGACAAAUGGUAAUUGCUCUGAUCUGUGAUAAACUAGACUGUAUACAAUUAUCGUACAUGCAUAAUUUCAGCAGUGUAAUGACUGAUGGUUUUAUUUUGUAUUCUUUACCUCCAGUUAUGUACAGGUCUGUUUGUGUCUGGAUAGAAUUGUUUGAAUGCAACUCAGUCGGUUUUGAUUGCCUGAGGUGAAAUGUGUAAACUCCAUAAAUUGUAUAAUGAAAAUCGUAUACUUGAAUCAAGGACAUUAGAAUCUGUUUGUUUUUUAAAGUUAUAAUGUUAAAUAUAGUGUACACAUUCAUAAACUACAAUAAGUACACCUGUCAUAAAUUGAUUUUCAAAUGUGCUUAAAUAUAGGUCAAUAUAUUGCAAAUUUACUGUAAAUGUUUAUCCCGCAUUAUGCAUGUAGAAUGAAGUCACUGAAAGUGUGUUGAAGAACUUAGUUGUCAAUCAUGAAACUAUUAUGUCCGAUAUAGAAAUGUUUGGAGGUACAAUAGAUUAAUUCAUAACUUUUACUGUGCUCAUUAUUUUAUUUGCAGCUUCUUAUUGAAUUAACAUUAUUAUUUUAAGAACUUGUGCAUGUUAUUUGCUUAUAAUUUUUGUUGCAUGUACUUAGUAUAGAACAUAGAAAGUAAAUUUGCAUUUUAUGACGGUUUACCUGCUUAACACAUAAAUGUUUAAUAUAUGGCAUGAACACAAAUUAUUAUUUAUAGUGAAUGUAUUUAACAUUCACAUCUUUUUAGCUCACCUGAGCACAACGUGCUCAUGGUGUGCUUUUGUGAUCGCCUUUUGUACGUCGUCCGUCGUGCGUUGUCCGUCGUGCUUUGUCCGUUGUGCGACGUCAACAUUUGCCUUGUUCACUCUCUAGAGGCCACAUUUAUUAUCCAAUCUUCAUGAAAUUUGGUCAGAAGAUUGGUUUCAAUGAUAUCUUGGAUGAGUUCGAAAAUGGUUCAUUUGCUUGAAAAACAUGGCUGCCAAGGGGCGGGGCAUUUUUCCUUAUAUGGCUAUAUAUGGCUAUAGUAAAAUCUUGUUAACACUCUAGAGGCCACAUUCAUUGUCUGAUCUUCAUGAAACUUGGUCAGAAGAUUCAUCCAAUAAUAUCUUGGACGAGUUCGAAAAUGAUGCUGGUUGGUUGAAAAACAUGGCCGCCAGGGGGCGGGGCAUUUUUCCUAAUAUGGCUAUAGUAAAACGUUGUUAACACUCUAGAGGCCACAUUUAUUUUCCGAUCUUCAUGAAACUUGCUCAGAAGAUUUGUCUUACUGAUAUCUUUGAUGAGUUCAUAAUGGUAACCUUUGCUUGAAAAACAUGGCUGCCAAGGGGCGGGAUAUUUUUCCUUAUAUGGCUAUAUAUGGCUAUAGUAAAAUCUUGUUAACACUCUUGAGGCCACAUUUAUUGUCCAAUCUUAAUGAAACUUGGUCAGAAGAUUCAUCCCAAUAAUAUCUUGGACGAGUUCGAAAAUGAUGCCGGUUGGUUGAAAAACAUGGCCACAAGGGGGCGGAGCAUUUUUCCUUAUAUGGCUAUAGUAAAACCUUGUUAACACUCUAGAGGCCACAUUUAUUGUCCAAUCUUGAUGAAAUAUGGUCAGAAGAUUUGUCUUAAUGAUAUCUUGGAUGAGUUCGAAAAUGAUUACGUUUGCUUGAAUAACAUGGCCGCCAAGGGUCGGGGCAUUUUUCCUUAUAUGGCUAUAUAAGGCUUUUGUAAAAUCUUGUUAACACUCUAGAGGCCACAUUUAUAGUCCGAUCUCCAUGAAACUCGGUCAGAAGAUUCAUCCCAAUAAUAUCUUGAACGAGUUCAAAAAUGAUGCCGGUUGGUUGAACAACAUGGCCACCACAGGGGCGGGGCUAUUUUCCUUAUAUGAGAAUAGUAAAAUCUAAAUUUUGUUAACACUCUAGAGGUCACAUUUAUUUUCCGAUCAUCAUGAAACUUGGUCAGAAGAUUUGUCCCAAUUAUAAUUUGGAUGAGUUCGAAAAUGGUUUUGGUUGCUUUAAAAACAUGGCCACCAGGGGCGGGUCAUUUUUCCUUAUAUGGCUAUAGUAAAACCUUGUUAACACUCUAGGGGCCACAUUUAUUGUCCAAUCUUCAUGAAAUUUGGUCAGAAGAUUGGUCUCAAUGAUAUCUUGGAUGAGUUCGAAAAUAAUUAUGUUUGCUUGAAAAAAAAAUGGCUUCCAAGGGGCGGGGCAUUUUUCCUUAUAUGGCUAUAGUAAAAUCUUGUUAACACUCUAGAGGCCACAUUUACUGUCCGAUCUUCAUGAAACUUAGUCAGAAGAUUGAUCCCGAUAAUAUCAUGAAUGAGUUAAAAAAUGAUGCUGGUUGGUUGAAAAACAUGGCUGCCAGGGGGCGGGGCAUUUUUCCUUAUAUGGCUAUAGUAAAACCUUGUUAACACUCUAGAGGCCACAUUUGUUUUCCGAUCUUCGUGAAACUUGGUCAGAAGAUUAGUCCCAAUAAUAUCUUGUUAUCUCAGGUGAGCGACUUUGGGCCUUUCAGGCCCUCUUGUUUCAUUGUGUCAGUGGUUGUUGAGUUCUGCUGUGAUAUUUUGAGUAAUUUUGUGUUUAAAUAUUCUUAAAGCUUUUAUAAUUGUCUCAAUUUCCUAUCAUAAAUGGUGCUUUAACAUAUUCAAAAUAAUAAAUAGGCUAUAUAAUAUUUUUUUAUUUUCACCACUUCUUAUGAACACACAGGUUAUGUGUGUUGUUUUUUAUUACAAAUUUAUCAACAAUACAUUGAGAAGAGUUGAUAAUGCAAGGAAAUUGCUCUUAUAUAGACACCAAUAUCCAGACAUGUGUGUUGCUUGUUAUAGUUGAUAAUUUCUCCAUAACUACAAGGAAAAUAUUUUCCUUUGUGAGUAUUGUAGUAUUGAUUGUAAUUUCCAUGACAACCCAGUAUAUUAAUGAGUGCAUUGCUGCAAAACAAGUUCUGAGAAAUUGUGGUAAAUUAUACAUUUAUGCCAAUGAAUUUGAACUCCGUAUUGAUGAAACAUAAAGGAAGGGAAAUUGGAUCUAUAAAACAUUCAGUAA